GUGCACUGUGUCCCUAGGACACAGCGGAUCACCGUGUCACGCUGACAGAGGAGAGGAGAGCCAGUAAUCGGCAUUCCACGGAGGGGACAUGUACACUGAUCAUCAGGGCACUGAUGAUCAGUGUGCCCUGAUGAUCAGUGUAGUCCCAGCAGUGCCACCUGUCAAAGUCCAUCAGUGCCAGCAGUCAGUGCUCAUCAGUGCCACGUGCCAGUGCCUAUCAGUGCCCAAUCAAUGCCACAUAUCAGUGCCCAUCUGAGCUGCCUUUCAGUGUCAUCCAUCAGUGCCAGUCAGUGCCACCUAUCAAUGCCAAUCAGUGCAACCUAUCAGUGCCAGUCAGUGCCGCCUAACAGUGCCAGUCAGUGCCUCCUAUCAGUGCCAGUCAGUG